UGACGGAACUGAGGGAGCAAGUCUUGUCUUACAUGAGGCGAAUAUUCCAUUGUAACUACGUUAUAUCAUCAUAUUGAAAUUUCUUUCUGUAAUGUAUUUGAUAACUAGUCGCAGAUAAAUAGACAUGGAAACCAGUGUGUCAGGUGUGAGUGUUUCGCCUGCUUUUGUGGAAUUUUUAGACGUUAAAGCUGGCGAAACUUAUCGGGCAAAUGUAACAGUGAAAAACGUUGGUAAAAGCAGCAAAAGUAUACGGCUUUAUGGCCCCUCUUCACUUUUCUUACAGUUUGCUCCUUCCUGUUAUCUUGAGAUCCAGCCAGAAGUUGACUUUGGUACUGUUAUUGCAAACAGUAAAGUUAUCUACAAAGAAAUUGAAAUCAAGAAUCAUGGAUCAGCUCCAGGUGCAUUUAAAAUAAAGUAUAAAGGAAAUCUGCCUGUUAAUAUUAUGCCCAGCAAUGGAAUUGUGCAACCAAAAACAUCACAGUUAGUAAAAGUAGAGCUCUGCACCACCAUAUCAAAAAUCAUAAGUGAAGUAGCUGAAGUGAAACUGCAAGGCUGUGAUGAUACAGUUUUAAGUAUUGAAGCCAAUGUAGUGAAGCAAAUGCUUGAACUAAGGGAUCCUUAUCAAAAGAAGCUGGAGUGCAUUCGGUUUGGGUCUGCAUAUUUUGGAACAACAAAAGUGGAACAAGCAGUACUGUGCAACAACAGUCCAGAAGCCAUCAACUGGAUUGCAGUGCUGGAGGAUGAUGCCAUUGGUGGUGAAAUGGGUGUAGACUUGGAAAAAUGUACUGAUGUUGCUCUGAUAGACAUGGAGCUGGGUAUACAUGAAAAGUGCUCAGAUGUUACCACCAUAAUAUCGUGUAUCCCAAAUCAAGGAGUUCUAGAACCUUUUCAACAAACAUCUAUUUCCUUGUGCUUCACUCCAAAAGACUGCAGGCAGCAGAUGGUAUUGGUCAUGGAUAAUGAAGUUCACCCACGCCAAGAUUAUGCCCUUUUUAUGAGAUUUGAAAUUGUAGGCAGCAAAGACAACUUUCUUCUGGAUUGCAUGCCUGGCAGUUGUGGGAAAGGUAAAGACCAACGUUUUGCGGAGUUGGCACUUACUGGCACUGGGUUUCCUGUUCAGCUGACUUUUUCUACAGGACUGAAUUACAGUUUCAGUGAGUGUUUGCCAGGGGAACACACUGUGACUCCAUGCAUUUUAAAAAAUGAAAACCAGGUGCUACCUGUUACCUUCAGUUUUUGUAAGACUGCUCAUUUCAAUAUCUCCCCUUCAAAAGGAAAAAUUGAACCUGGAUUCUCACAGAAUUUGGUCAUUUCUUUUGUUCCACAUCAAGUGGGGACCUUCAAAGUUAAACAGGAAGUCAGUAUCACUGGCCCUGUGCUACUGGAAAAUGAACCUGGUAAUCUGAAAACUCAGCCUUUCCAUCAAAUUUACCUUAAUUUUAUUGGUAUUUGCAAACCUACAGCAAAGAAGAUUGAGCCCAAAAUUAAUCCUGGCAUAACACCUGUUGGUUGCAAUGAGAUUGGACAACUUGUUAAUGUGACAGCAGAAGAGAUAGACAGAUACAGUGGGUCUGCAAAGGUGGCUUUCCUUAAUGCUGCUAACAGCAGCAUACACAGUCACAAGAGAAGAAGAAGGAACCUAGAGAAGAAUGCACUGGUAGCCUUUCCGAAUGACCGAGCAGCCAGUAUCAAACCCACUGAAAGGCAUAAGAAUUACAUGACUAUUUUUACAAAGACUGAAAGGUAUUCUUAUGUGGACCCAGAGUAUGCUUACACUGAUGAGCAGCAGUCUCAGAGAAUAACUCACAAGCAGUACUACCGUAAUUUCAUAAACAGUUUAAGGGAGCACCGCAUGGAGAAGCAGAAGGCUAGGGAGUUUGAAAAUCUGAACAAUCCUAUAGAUAUUGGUAUAAAACCAGCAGCAGGACUGAAACCACAAGUGAUUUCAGUCAAUAAAAUGGAGAAAAUGGAGGGCAAGAAUCUUUUUAUUUCCAAAGGUCGUCUUCUAACUACGCGUGAAUUGGCAGCUAGAGAAAUCACAUCAUCAGACAGGCCGGCUACUGAUGGUCUUAAUGCUGUACCUUAUACUGAUCAGGAAAAGGAGGACUGCUGUUUAACACUGACACCAAUGCAACUUCAUGAGAUUGUCAUUGGCCCUUCUACUGUUGAUUUUGGCGAAGUAUGUAUACAUUCUUCAUCCACUAGACCACUGAACAUCAUCAAUAAUUUACCACAACAUAUCUGGAUCCAGAUUGAUAUAGAAAGUUUGGAACUUCAGCAGACCAGCCCACUCUCGCAUGUAGUUCCUCCUCUUUCAAGAGCUCAUUUGCCUCUUGUUUUUGAGACAGAUGUACUUGGAAAAUUCCAAAAAUCAGUUACAUAUACCAUAAAUGGGAAACACACUGGCCAUGUCCUUGUGCUUGCAAAAGCAAUUCCUAUUGCUUUGGAACUCUCUACUCACGAGCUUAUUUUGACUCCAAUGUAUGGUGCAUUGGCAAAUUCAGGAUUUAGAGGAAGCAUCAGGUUAUCUAAUCACAGAAACCAUCCAGCAGAGUUCACUUGGAAGCCAGUCAUUACUGAAAAAGGAAUUGCUUUUUCAAUGCGACCAGCAAGAGGUAUUGUGGAUGCAUUCUCGGACCUGGAAUGUGAAGUAGUCUGGCACCCUUCGUUCUUUUCCCCAGAAGAGGGUGAAUUUGACCUCCAUGUCCAUCAAGGAAACACUGUUCAGCUAAAAUGUAUAGCCAAGGUUCCUCCCUGUAAUGUUCAAUUUUUGGAGCAGCGAGUGUUCUUUGCUGCAGCUCCUCUGAACCUGCUCACUGUGAAGACAGCUAUACUUCGAAACAAUGGACAAAACCAUGCUUAUUUUCAGGUAUCUGAUGUAUGUCCACUACCUGGAAUGACUAUUGUACCAACUCAAGGUGUUGUCCCAGUUGGAGGUCAAACAGAACUCAAAAUUUACUUCACUCCAAAUGCAGUGAUGAAAUUUGAUACCCAAGUUGAGGUUAAAGUGCGUAAUACAAAAUCACUGGAGCUUAGAAUUGGUGGAACUGUCAAACCCCCUGAAGUGGAUAUAUCUGUGAAAUGCUUUAAGUUCCAUGGUGUAUACAUUGGUUCCAUUCAUGAAAUCCCAUUCAUGCUUGAGAAUAAAGGUGUAACACGAGCCAGAGUAGAGUUUGACCUAUCUAAAUUCACAGAUUUUGGAUUAAAAUUUAAAGACAAUGCAGGUGUCAAACAAGAUUCCUCAUCUUUGUAUUCUGUAGAGCUGGAAGAAAAAGAGACAUUAGAGUGUGCAUUAGUAUUUUCUCCUAAAGAAGUGGCAGCAUAUGACUUUAAUAUUCCAGUGAAUGUUAACAAUGCAGGUGCUCCUUCACCACCACCCAGUUCAAUACCAAAAACACCUUCUGGGUCAGAAAAACAUAUUGUUGCUCCUCGUCCUCAAACUGUGUUUGUUGUAACUCCAUCACGUCGUGUCCAAGCAACAGGUUUGCGUCCACCACUUCUGCUCUCAGAUUCAAAAAUGGAAUUCGAACUUCAUUCAGGAUUUAUUGACUUCGGAAUUGUGUCAUGCAAUCAGGCUGUUAAGGAUGUAAAACUGAAAAAUAUUUCAAAGCAUGAUAUUGCAUGGAAGUUUGAUCUCAGUCAGGCAGCAAAACACCUACAAUCAGGCAUGUUUAAAAUCGGACAGCAAACAGGAAGCCUUCAACCAGACCAGACCACUAUAGUUGCUUUUUAUUUUUGUCCAUCCCAACCUGGCACAUACACUGCUGAAGUACCACUGUUUCUGGAUAAUGAUUCAGUUAACCCAUAUAGAUUGAUUUAUUUGACUGGUACCGUGAAGUGUCCCUCGAUAAGCUUCAAGCCUCCUCUUGUGUUUUUGACUCCUGUUCCCUUGGAUGCAGAAGCAAAGGCAGAUGUUCUCGUUAUUCCUCAUGACUUUUCAAGAGACACAACACUGCAAGUUGAAAUUCCAGAAGUACAGCUUGAAGAUGGCAGCACUAUUGAUCCCCUUUCAGUGCAGUUCCUAAAUGGCAAUGUUAUUGCAGUUUCAGCCGAAGAGCAGGCUGGUGGAAUAACCUGCUGUAUCACUUUUAGGUCACCAAAGCCUUUGUCUUUCUCAGGGGAUAUCAUUUUCAUUGAUGGAAAUAAUAACAGGUACAAACUUCCAUUUGCAGCAACAGCAGAAAACUGUAUUCUCACUGUAUAUCCUUACUUAGCAGCUCAUCACAUGGACCAGCAAAUUGUCUUGAAAAGUGGACAGAUUGGACAAAGUGAUGUAGAGACUGCUGGGGAAGCAGUUCUGCGUCCAUGCUACACACCAGGAGUAUUAUCGUGUACCUCCUCCUCCAGCUCUACAUAUGAAAUCACCAACUCAUCAUAUGAAGAAUUAAUUCCAGACCCAGAUUACACAGAUGGCAUUUUAAAUGGAAAGAGAAAUGGCUCUGAUUCUGUCAGUCUAGGUCAGGGUGUGAAGGACAAAUGGGGGCUUCUGCUUUUUCCUGAUGAGGACACAGAACAAGGACUCUUCUGUCAGAGGGUUCUGACUGCAGUGCAGAAAUGGUUCAUUCAGUUUGGAUGGCCUAAAGGACCUCAUCCGUUUACUGUUCCACAAUAUCUAAGGCGAGCCGUGUGCAAAAUACAAAUGUCAACUCCACAAACCAGAAAGACAUCUUCUUACAGAUAUCAGCUUCAGAAAGACACAAGAACAGUUUAUGACAUGCUGUUACACUUGAGUGGAGAGCUACUUCCAGGUAUUACUGCAAGUCAGGCCUUGCCCUCUGACCCAAUAGAACGCAUUCUUCAGCUUCACUGGCAGCAUGCCACACUGCUUACUUUCCUCAAAGUACAAGGAGCUAGUCUUGCUCAUGUGAGGCCAGAAUUUCUACUGGAACCUGAAGACUUCAAAACAUGGAAUACACUACAGGCUCAAAUGAAAGAGAUGUAUCCUGGAAGGGAUGCAGACUUAAGUCUGAUGGAUAUUGAGGAUUUUGCAUUUGAGUCUGUGAGCAAACGUGCUUGGACUGAUAUGUUACUUCAGAUAUACAAGGUCCUGGUGCUUUCCAGAAUAGCAUCAGAUAAUAACAGCUGUCCUGCUGAUUCCAGUGGCUUAGAAACCAUACCAAAAAUUAAUCCAGACCCACUAUCUAGUAAUAUAUAUUCAACAUCUGAGAGAAUUCUUCUCACUUGGCUUAAUGUACACUAUGAAAAGAAAAGAAAGGUUAUCUGGGAACACAGUAUAAAAGGGGGAGUACCUCCAAUGAGAUGGAUAAUAAACUUUGAUCGCGAUCUUCUGGAUGGUUUGGUACUUGCUACAUUACUUGCAGCCUAUUGCCCUUUUCUGAUUAAAACACAUUUAGUGAAUAUGUACACUAAUCCAGUGACACCAGAGCAAUGCCUUCACAACUGUCUGGUGCUGGUGAAUGCAUUCCAAGCCAUAAGUCUUGAUAUCGAUGUGCAGGCAACAGAAGUUUGUGAUGGAAAUCCAGUAACUAUGCUUAUUCUUUGUGUAUAUCUAUAUGAAAAACUACCUCAAUACCAUCCAAAAAAGACUGUUGAAUUUGUUGGUGCUCUGCAUGCCACCGUAUUGCGACAGGUAUCUUUGAAAAACAAUAGCUCCAAACCACUGGAAUACAGUGCUACACUUGUGGGGCAUGAUUCUGAAGGUUUUUCACUGCCUAGAGGGAAUGCUGUGACUGUUCCACCAAAGAGCCAAACUGAUGUUACCUUGGAAUUUGUGAGCCACUUCUUGUACCCUGCUGAAGCUUCCUUGCUACUUGUUUCCCGAUCUACCACUGGAACGAUAGGCACUACUAUUGUUUUUUCUUUGAAAUCACAGAUCAACAGUAUUAUCCCAGUUAAUACCAGUAAAUGUGAAUCCCCAUGCUAUGCAUUUAAGAAAAUGCAGUUAGCUAUUACAAAUCCAUUCAGCCGAGGAGGAGAUUUUCGGAUUAUUUUGGUAGAAUCAAAGAAAAAUCUAUAUUCUACACUGCGACUAAAAGAAAGUGGGAAAAGCCCAUUGGUAUCCAAUACUAUCAAAUUUUCAGGGAAUAAUAAAUCUGAAGAUAAAGAAGAAAAAAGUGAUCUCUCAUCCCAGCAGUAUUCCAACCUUAGUGAGUUCUUCAGUCCAGCACAGUCUCUGCAUCUUGAAGCAGAAGGUUCAAGCCAGUUGACGAUUCAUUAUCUUCCUUUUCAUCUGGGAAAACGCUAUUGUACCAUCAUAUUCGUCAAUGAACAGAUUGGAGAAUUUGUCUGCUGCAUAGAAGGAACUGGUGGACUGCCUUUGCCUUUGCCCUUACUUCCUAUGGAAAGUCAUAAUAGUCAACAAACAUACAUUGCCAACCGAGGUGAUGGAAAAGCACAUACAGUGCUACGCUUCAAGUGUGAGAACAAUUCUGUAUUGGAAGAAGACCUUAAAGUGCCACUAAUCAACGAAGCCAGAGAGAAAGCACUAGCCAUAGCAGCACAGCAACAAAUGUCAUUUCUUGAAUAUAGACGAAGAAAACUCACAGGAACCCUAGAGAGCAGUAGCAUUCGAGCUGCUGUUGCAGCUCUGGGAUUGUCUGGAACAGAGACCUGUCAGGUUAUUUCAGAUCUUCUUGACUCUGAGGGGAAGACUUCAGCCCUUUCUUUACUAGAGACAUCUUCGCAGGUUGCUCACCAUUCCAUUAAAUGCACUUAUGAUGUAGCUGAUGUCUCAUCUAGAACUACUGCUUUUGGUUCUGUGUUGAGUAGGUAUUCCUGGCUUCAACUACAUACUUUGCCUGAUGAUAUUAAGGCUAAGCUGAUGGAUGCUUCUAUAGAUUACAAACCUCUUUUUGGUACUGCUGCUGCUGCUGAGCUGUUUAAGUCCCUUCAGGAAAAGGGUAAGGAUUUAGAGGAUUUGAAAUCUAUUAUUGUUUCACCUGUUCUCAAGUUUCAAAGGAAUUAUCCUAAUAAACCUAACUUGGUCUGCAGACAGUCUCAUCCUGCUCUCAAAGAAAAUGCUGUCAUUCUUCCACUAAAGUUCAUUGCAAAAAAUCCUGGGUGCCAUCAAUGCCAAAUUGUUCUGCUGUCUGCACAUGAUGUUCGAGUUUAUAUCAUUGAGUGUGUGGUCAACCAGAAUAGUGCUGAAGCAACACUUCAGUUUGUAACUCCAGUACAUCAAGCUGUCACACAAGAAAUACCAAUUAGUAAUCAGACACUGGAAGACUGGAAGCUUCAAGCUGUUCUGGAGGGCAGUUGUUUUUAUGGCCCACCAUUUUUACAUGUUAAAACUGGAGAAGUGGCAAAUUAUCCCUUGAUGUUCAAGCCCAUGUUUGAGUGUGUGAACAUGGGCCAGCUUACAUUGAAAAAUGAAACAGAUGGUACUGAACACAUCUUUGCCCUCAGAGGAGUUGGAAAAAAACCAAUGGCCCUGGAUCAUAUUGUGAUAGACAGCCAAGUGAAGCAAAUUAGCCAUAAGGUUCUGAUGGUCCCCAAUUAUACACAGAGCAAGAUUACAUGCAAGGUGGUAUCAGAUCUAGCAAUCGUUGGUGGAGCACCGACUGUUACUAUAAAACCUGGUGAAAUAACACCAUAUGAGUUAAAUGUAUCCCCUUGGAAACGUGGAAAAUUCUCAGGUGUAAUUUCAUUUGUUGCUGAAAACGUAGAACAGCAGCUGCCACUGCCACUACUAUGCACCAGUCUGCAAGACAAGACAGAUGGAGCAAGUCCUAAAGUCUAUGAGGUAUGGUACACAUUAACAAUUAACAGCCUCCCGAACCCACCAGAAAGACUGAUAACAGUGAACUGUCCUGUCCAGAAAACUGUUGAAGUGGAAAUCCCAAUUUCUAAUCCAACCCAUGGAAAUUUGGAUUUGAGUGUGCUAUUAGAAGGAGCAGGACUUGCUGGAAGUGACAGUCUUUUCCUGAAUCAAGAGGAAACAUGCUCCUACAUGGCAAUAUUUUCCCCUUCUGUUACUGGAAGAUCAGCUGGAAGGAUCAUUUUCCAGUCAAAUAUUGUAGGCGAGUUUUGGUAUCAGUUGGAAUUAAUUGCUGAGGAACCAUUGCCAACGACGUUGCCUGAAGUGCAAUGUGAACUGGGAAAGUGGACUCGAUUAUUUAUCCUACUAGAUAAUCCGACAGAUGAACUACUAGAAUUAGAGACUGUCAAUAGUAAUCGUGGAAACUUUUUGUUGGAAAUUGAGCCAAAACAACCUGUGAAAGUAAUGCCACACUCCACCACCAAAGUACCAGUUCAAUUUUGUCCGUCUGCACUAGGACGUGCCAGCCACAAGUCAACUGUCACAUUUAAAUGUCCACAGCUUAAUAAAUGGCUGUUUCAUUUGUCUGGAUUUGGCCUUAUACCUCAGCCUAUGGAACCUGUCAGCAUCAGUACAUGCAUUGGAUCCCACUGCUCAGUUAUCGUGCCCUUCAGAAACCCCACUGACAAGAAUGUUCUAGUUGAUAUACUGCUUACAGAUCAGGAACAGACCAUGCAUCGACUGAGUGCUUCUGUUUUACGCCAGUCAAUCAAUAAAGAGUCUGCAUUCUGUCUGCCUCUAAAAAAGAUGCAAGGAAUAGCACUGCCUCCAAAAGGCAAACUAGACAUACCUGUAGUCUUUGCUCCAGAUACUAUGAAAUUGUAUGAAGCGUUGCUUGUUAUCCACCUGAUGAAAGAAGACAAGGAGAGUUGGCCAUAUGAUGACCUCAACAAGCAAAACUCAGAGCUAAAAAGUGUCAGCUUCAGUGAAGAUGGAAAAAUCUAUGGAAUUCGUUGGAUUUAUCCAGUUCAUGGCAUUCCAGAGGCACUACCUUUGAAAACAACACCAACUGUAAUUUGCUGUCGGGCCAGAAAUAGAAUUGAAGAAAGAAUAGAAGUCUUAUUAACUGGUGCAGUUCCAGGACCAACAGCUACACCUUUAACGAGAGUCCAAAGAGCCAGCUCUGCUAAUCAUUGCUUGAUCAGUAGUGUUCAAGAUGAAGUACAUGUUACUGAAGGCCUAUCAACUGCAGACGAAUUUAACUAUCAGAUUCAGUAUGAGUCUGAGCAAGUCAAAUCUCAGAUGGAAUCCUCCAUAGCCCUCAAUUUAGUUGACAAGGAGCGAGAUAUACACACUGGAAUUGUUACUCUGACCUUCAAUAUUGUUUAUUCUCCUUAUAAACCAUUCAGGUGUACAGCAAUACUAGUUAUCCAGUGUGCUACUGGAGGUGUCUGGAAAUUUCCAAUCGAGUUCAUUGCCACUCAGCCAGAGAUUGAUGAUGUCAUAAAUAUUGAAGCAACUGGGCUAAAUAAAGAGUCUUUUGUUGGAUUUAGACUCACAAGUCAAACUAGGUCCCCAACACCAUUCACUGCAUAUUUCCUUCCAGGCAGUGAUCCUGAGUUCGCUGUAGCCCCCCAGACAGGAGAACUUCUGCCUCCUGAUACUGCUGGAACACGUAUUACUAUUGGACUGAAACCAAAAAUGUACAGCAAGAAGUAUCAAGCAAUGCUAGUGAUUCAGACAGCUGAGACACAAUGGAUGUACAAGAUCAAUGGAAUGCAACCACAAAGCACACCCCCUACUGUUCGUGCUGGUAGAAUUGCCUCUGUGGGGUACAUACAGCCUGCUAAGGUCCGACAGCGCAACUUUAUCCGUGAAAAUCUCAAGCUGAUUACCACUGCAGUGUCAUCUCCUAUCAAGGGAACUCCUUUAGUCAUACGCACAAAAUAAUUUGCUGUAUUUUUCAGCAUGAUGUGUAAUGCACAAUUAAUGAAGUCAAAGUCAUUUCUUUUGAUAAAGCCUCAGAUACACUGUGAGACAUUAAGACAUCAAUUGAGCUAUGCAUGAAGAAGACUAUUUUUUUCAGAACUGUAACACUCGAUGCACAUUAUGUCAUGCACUGUGAUUGACUGUGGCAUUUCAGUUUUAUGUUAAUUUGUGUAAUUUGUGUAAUGAACACAAAUAGCAUACAUUUUUUUAGAAAUUCCAACUAAUACUAAAUAAGUACCAUCAAGAUAAUAGACAACAUUCUGAAUAUAUGCAUUUUCUCUGUUUUCUAUUUGUUGUAAAUAAUACCCUAAAUUAAUAGUUAUUUGUUUAGUUACUGUAGAAAUAUUACAACAUAUUCUGUCUUAAAUGUCAUUUCUAAGUCUAGCAAUGUACAAAGUUUACAGUUUAGUAGCAAAUCAAAAAGUGUACAGUUUUAUCUGUAAUGCAAGAUAAGAAAAUAAAUCUAAUUUCUUGCA